AUGCAUAAAAUAUAUUGGCGCCGAUUAUUACUUCCAUCAUUAAUCCUAACAAUUUUACCAUUGUUUUUUCUUGUUUUUACUACAAAAUGUCAGACUACACGAGGAAAUUCUGUUUCGAUUAUUUAUGAUGAACGAAACAGUUUUUUUGACUCAUCAUCAACUAUUCCUAUUCAAUCAUCCUCAGUUCCAUCACGUUAUUUAGUAGUACCUUAUCAAGAAUUUGUUUUACGUACAUCUAUGGCAUGCCGAGUGUUUAAUCUUGAUAAUCCAACAAAAAAUGCAAAUAAAUUUCAUCCAAAAUAUUCGAAAUAUUUACGUGGUCCAUUUCCUUAUGUUUUACCAUAUACAAACAUAACGUAUAAUGAUAUAGAAAAUUUCUAUACAAAAAUUUUAGUUAACAAAAAAAAAGAUACUGAAACAAUUGCAACAUCAUUUGCAAAUAAUAUUACAUUUGAAAAUAUACCUUACAUAUAUCAAGAAAGUAUGUGGCAUCCUGUUGGAAUAACAUCAGCUCAACGUACAGCUAUAUUAGUACCAUUACAAGGACGAGAAUAUAAUGCUAAGACAUUUCUAUUCAAUAUGCAUGCAUUUGCUAGACGACAACAACUUACGUAUACAAUAAUACUUGUUGAACAGGUUUCUCCAAUGGGUUAUCGAUUUAAUAAAGGUCGAUUGUUUAAUGCUGCUAUUAAUUAUCUUGAAAAAAAAUCUUUGAAUAUAACAUGUCUGGUAUUGCAUGAUGUUGAUUUAAUACCUGAAGAUGAUGGAAAUCUUUAUGCAUGUGAAACAAAAUAUCCAAAACAUACAACAUCACGUGUUCGAAAUCUAGAUAGUAAACGAGGUUAUAUACGAUAUUAUGAAUUUUUAAUCGGUGGUGUUCUUUUAUUAACAUUUGAUAUGUAUAAAACAUUUAAUGGAUUUUCAAAUUUAUAUUGGGGUUGGGGUGGAGAAGAUGAUGAUUUGGCAUUAAGACUAAUUCAACGAAAAAUGUGUGUUGUUAGACCAGCAUAUGAAUUAGCUAUUUAUAUUGGAUUACCUCAUCUACGUGGUCCACGAAAUGAUGGUCGUUUUAGUUUAUUAAAAUGGACAACUCUUCGUCUUGAUACUGAUGGCUAUGCACAAAUUGAAUCAUUAACACGCAUUAUUGAUAUACGUCAAACAUUAACUGUGACUCAUAUGAAAUUAGAUCAUAUAGCAGCAAGUAAAGGUUUAAUCGAAUUUACAAUGAAUGAUCAAAUUGAUUGUGAAGAAAUGGAAAUAGAAUAUCGUUCAAAAUAUCAUCCAAUUAUAACAAAUAUUUUGAUUCAUCAAGUUUAUGAUAGUAUCAAUAAAUGUAUGAUUACAUUUCGGCAAACUAUCGAUAAUAAUUAUCUUGAUAUAGAAUUAUUUGUUUACUCAUGUACAAAUAUAUCAAUGUCAACACAUGAAGCUUUUUAUUGUGGCAUAAUAAUUGGCAAAUUACGUACAAAUAUAAUUGAACAAGAACCUUCUAAACAAAUAAUAAAUAUCGAUGAAAAAUAUGAUUUUGACUAUGAGAUAUUAUUUUCAUUAUUACAAACUAUUGUUAAUAAUUUAAAUGAAUUUAUAAAUACAAUAAAUAUUAUUGAUGAAUGUCAAUUAACAUCAAAUGGAUAUAUUCAACAUAAAAAAACAAAAAAAUGUUACUUAUUAACACAAGAAAUCGAACUUGGUCUGGUUGCAUUUCAAGAUAGUUCACAAAUAACUCAAUUCGACAACUCAAAAGAUAAAUGA